GUCAGUUGUAUUCGAAGAUGGCGGGUUGAAAGGUGCUUUGUCUUCCGAGAAAAAGAAAUUUCAAAUUUGUUAUAAUUUAAGUGCAAUUUUCCUGUGAGAGAGAUCAAUGGUUGUAGAACACACGAUGGCCUCCCCAGCACCUUCCUCAACAGACACCAUGACAUCAACGUCAACAUCAAACUCAGUAGAAGAGCUUGACAUCACCAUCAACACAAAGUGCAGCCUGUGCACUGAGACCUACACAAUCCCAAAAGUGUUAAGUUGCUUCCACACAUUCUGCCAGCCAUGUUUGGAGAAAAUGCAGGAGAUCCCUGAAAAGAUCCAGUGCCCCACGUGUCGCCAGGAGACCCUCCUGCCUGCCUCUGGUGUGGUGGGAUUGCUACCUGAUUAUGCUGUGAGUAACCUGCUGGAAGCCAAUGCAGAGAUUGGCAACGCCCUGAGCUGCACGGGAUGCAAGAGUAAGGACACCAAUGCUGUUGCACGCUGCUUUGACUGUGCUAAUUUCUUAUGCCCAAAUUGUGUAAUGGCCCAUCAGUUCAUGCAUUGCUUUGAGGGACACAGGGUGCUGACCCUAGGGGAGCUGCAGAAUAAGAAUGACCAGGAAGUCAACGUGGAAAAAAGCGUCACCUGCAGCCAGCAUAAGAAUGAGAUCAUGAAGUAUUUCUGCAAGGUUUGUGAGACCCCUAUUUGCAAGGAGUGUACCCAGGGGGAUCACAAGGGCCAUGAGCAUGACGUCACCACGGAAGUUGGUGGCAAGCAAGUGGAAAUGCUGCGCCACCUGGUGGAUGAAGCCAAGGUCAAGGCCAACAACCUGCGUGGUGCAUCAAAGAGUGUUGAGCAUUCGUCAAACCGCCUUCAGAUUCUGUUUCACAAAGCCCAGAAUGAGAUCAAUGACACAUAUAACUUCUACUUAUCAAUGCUUGAAGAAAGGAAGCAAGAGUGCCUGAAAGAGCUGGAUGGUGUAUACAACUCCAAGCAGGUCUCCUUAUCAGCUGUCACACAGAAAAUGCAGGACUCCAUUGAAAAGCUCUACCAGUCUGCAGAGUUUAUCGAAAAGUUAACAAAAUAUGCCAGUGUGACAGAAACCCUGAUGUUCAAGAGAGUUUUAGACAGCCGCAUCCAAAGUAUCAUAAACUACAACCCAGAUGUCAGUGCCCAGAGCAUGUUUGACAUUGAGUUUGUGUCAAACUACCAAGCCAUUCAAGUUGGGGUGCGCAACACCUUUGGUUACAUUCGCCAAACAGCUGACCUGAACAUGCCACCGAAGCCACAGCCCAUCGCCCGCCCUAAUGGGGUCAAGAUGCCUCGACACCCCAAUGGUUCCCUUGGGCUGCUGCCAAACGGCACUGGGAGUCUGUUUGAACCCAACCCUCUCACCAAGGCAUUUGGCUCCAAUAGCAGUUUGAACAGCUUCUGUACCACCACGUCUACUACCACAACCAGCAGUAAUGGCUACGAGAAGUGGUCAAGUGGAGGCUUCGAGAUCAUGCAGAAUGGUGGUGGCAGUGUUGUUGGUAGCAAUGGUGGUGUGGGUGAUGUUUUUUCCACAGCAGCCAGUACUACUCUCCCAGACCCUGUGAUGGAUUUGACCUCCAAGCUGAUUACGGCCAGUCUAUACCCACCCAAGAUCUCACACAUCAAGAGGCAAAAGAUGAUCUACCACUGCAAGUUUGGGGAGUUUGGCGUGAUGGAGGGCCAGUUUACUGAACCCAGCGGCGUAGCUGUGAAUGCUCAGAAUGACAUCAUUGUUGCAGACACCAACAACCAUCGAAUCCAGAUCUUUGAUCGUGAGGGGCGGUUCAAGUUUCAGUUUGGGGAGUGUGGGAAGCGAGAUGGUCAGCUGCUAUACCCAAACCGGGUUUCUGUCGUGAGGUCAUCAGGAGACAUUGUGGUGACUGAGAGAAGUCCAACCCACCAGGUCCAGAUCUACAACCAGUAUGGCCAGUUUGUGUGCAAGUUUGGUGCCAACAUCCUCCAGCACCCCAGGGGGGUCACUGUGGACAACAAGGGGAGGAUCAUCAUAGUGGAGUGCAAGGUCAUGAGGGUGAUCAUCUUCGACCAGAUGGGGAAUGUCCUUCACAAGUUCAGCUGCUCAAAGCAUCUCGAGUUCCCAAAUGGUGUGGUGGUGAAUGACAAGGAAGAGAUCUUCAUCAGUGAUAAUCGAGCCCAUUGUGUAAAGGUCUUCAGCUACCAGGGGGUUUUCCUACGGCAGAUUGGUGGUGAGGGAGUGACCAAUUAUCCCAUUGGUGUAGGCAUCAACCAGGCUGGAGAGAUCCUCAUUGCAGACAACCACAACAACUUCAACCUGACCAUCUUCACCCAGGAGGGACAGCUGAUCAAUGCCCUGGAGAGCAAGGUGAAGCAUGCACAGUGUUUUGACGUGGCCCUGAUGGACGACAGCUCCGUAGUCUUGGCCAGCAAGGAUUACAGGUUGUAUGUGUACCGCUACAACAACUACCAGCUACCGAACAUUGGGAUGUAAGAAGACCGUGGCCUUUAGACCUCGCAUAGAUAUCUGUGAAUGACCAAUUCCCACUGAAAACUUGAUUUGCUACUUGAUGAUUGCUUUUGAAUUGGUUGCUUGGUUGAAGAACUCUGAAGGUUGCCUGGUGAAAGAACUCUGAACGAUGCCGAAUGAUGUCCUCUCUACAAUUGGUAUCCUUUAAGGGCCAUACGUGGCAUGUUAAUACUUGAGUUUGUCUCUAUGUUAUAUGACAAACAACAGUAUAUCAGUGUAUUUAUUAUGUCCUAGAUAAGUAUUAUUAACACGUUUAGCCAUUAACUGUUGUAUUGCAGUGCUGUGGGUGAUCAGGUGUUUUGGUGCUCUGGUAUUUUAUCUGGCUAAGUGUGAACUUGACUAAUUGUGAACUUGGCUUAGUGUGAAGUUAAAGGAAAGAUGAUGUGACAGAUGUGUGCUUUAUCCUUGUCUCAGACUUUGCACGUUGUUGAAGUUUACUAUCUUAUCCAAGAAAUAUUAUGCAAUCAAAUUUUUCAAACCUGGUCAUUGAAGACUUAAGAAAUAGUAUUUUAAACAAUAAUUAUCUUAAUAUACAUAUAGCAUGAUGUUUUUGUGCACCUGUUGAUUUUUGUAAGAUAAAACUUGAAAAGUACAGUGUUAACAUUGAACGUUAUUACAUAUACUCUUUGUUGUUGUCAAGUAGAAAAGAAAAAAAGCACAAAUCAAAAAUCAAUAUUACUCUUGUUUAUAUAGAAUAUUUGCAGUGGGGCUUCACAUGUUAUUUUCCAGUAUUUAGAAUCAAUUUUGUCAGAACUUGAUCGAACUUAACAUAGAUUUUACAUCAGUUCUCACAUUGAUCGUUAGAUUUUGUACGUCAAACCAACGCCAUAGAAGUUACAUACCAAGAGAAUUAUAAGCCAUAAAUAUGAGAUUGAAAAAAUUUUGUUGAAAGAAGAACCAAGUUCUGACAAAAAUUGUUGUUGUGUUAUGAUAAAUGAACUACGUGCCAGAUGUUGACAAAUGUUUCGAAUAUUAUAUAUAUAUAUAUUUAUCAGGACUGCCCACUAGUUGCCUAGGCGAGUGGAUGCAAAUGCAAUAUCAUAUUGUACACACGUUGUUGCUAGCUUUCUGUUACAUUACAUACUUCAUAAUUUGUGCAAUUUGCUGCUGUUGUCAUACGUAUAUAUCCAUAUAUAUAACUGCACUGCUGCUGUACAACAGAUGUGCUGACUGGUUAUGCAGUUUUUUUUUUUUUGUUUUUUUUUUUCCGAUCAUCAUGUUCAGGGUCUUUUUUUAAUUGGACUUUUUGUCACUAAUAUUUGGUCAUUGAUUGCAAAUAGUUUAGUUUUGUAUGAAUUUGCUACCCCUGCUCAUAUCAGACAUUGUUGUGUUAUUUUCACACCAAAAGAGUAUUAUAAUUUAUUGCGCCACAGGUUGUCAUAGAAAGAAAAGAGCAAGAGUAAAACCAUCACUGUUAGUUUUUCCCCCCUUUGUCAUAUUUUCAAGGUUGGCACAAUUUCAAGUUCAGCCUGCUCAAAAUAGAUGCUAAGUGCGGAAAUGUUCUGCAGCGGAAAUUAAAUCCUUGGGACUCCUCAGAUAACAUCAACAAAGAAGCUGUAUUAGUGCUUAUUAUCUAUCCAGUGAUGUUUGAAUUUUUGUGAUGCUCGUAUAACUAUUUUAUUUUUCAAUGUUGUGAUAGCUUAAGACACCUUCUGUUGAAACACUGGUGAAAUAAUUAACAAAAAGGUGUUCUGCUUCACAGUUUAGCUACCUCUUCUCAUCUUUUUGAUCUAGGCAAUAUUAAGCUAAGGUGUACAUAGAGUUUGAAUCAAGAUAUCAAAUAUCAUGCUACUGCCAUUUUCAUAACUUCAGCAAAUUCCGAGUGCCAGGGUCUUAAAUGCAGUCAUACAGGCAUCAUAAAAAACCUGCUCAUUCAAAAGCAUCUAACCUGCCUGAAAUCAAAUAUUGACCCAAUAAUAUAAGGCUUUUAUCGAGUUUCUUGCCCCUUUUGAGAUGAUGGUGAUAAUGCUGUUGUAUUGCUUAAUGUGUGGAAAGAGCAGUAGCAGGAUGAUCUGUUGUUUCUAUUUAUAUAAAGUGAACGACUACUGAGUGUGGUGCUUCAAUCUGACUUAGAUUGCUAAUCGUGUUUUCCAAAGACUGUUUUUAUAUUUUAAUAUUUUUCAGUUGUAUAUAAUAUAGAUUGUAGAACAAAGAUUAAUCAUGUGCAUCGAAAAGUUAAUGUUAUGUGUUGAUCAGGACAGAGAGUGUCAUCAGAGAUAUUUAUAUAUCAUUAUUAUCGCACAAGAAUAAGUCAAUGUAAUUGUAGAGCAUUUAUGCGGUCUUUGCCUCUCCAGAGAGGGAAAAACCAUAUAUAUUUUCACUUCGUUGUUGUUAUAAUAUAAACUAAGUCAUAGCUUUGACGCUUAAGAGGAGUGUGAAUCUAGUAAAAAAAUAUAUAGGCAGGAGAUAAAUGGGAGAAUGAGGUUUUAAUCAUGUAGUCUUGGCAGUAAGGGUCUGGAUGUUUUAGAUGUCGGCUCCUAUUCACAGCAUUAUAUGGUAUCCUAUAUCAGGGGCAACAGUGGUAGCUGCGAUUCCAGCAAAUGCUGUUGUUAUUUUAUGGGCUCAGAUUAAACUAGGAAUGUCUCAUUGUUUUGAUAUCUGAAAGGAAUAAGAGUCCCAGCCCUGCUGGCUCUUGUGUGUUUCUCUGCAAAGUGCCCUGAUACAAUCUGUCUGAUAAAUCUUAGUGAAGAUUUUAUCUUCUCUCUCUCUCUCUCUCUCUCUCUCUCUCUCUCUCUGAUCCUGUUAUUACAUUGAGGUUGUUGAUUUUAGGGAAAUCAUAAUUAAGGAAGUGUUCUAUGCACAGCAAAUUGGUGCCUAGAAACGCCAUUUGUUCCUGGUCUGUUGGGUGUCUGUGCUGGAAAUUGGCAGUGCUCCAAAAAGCUGAGUGGCUUCAAUAUAUCCUUCUAAUCUGGUCUGGAAACUUCCCUUGCUGCUGUUGGUGCUUUGUUUCUGGUUCUCUGACACAAUAUCCAAAGGUUUCUUUUACCUUGUCAAAAGGAAAUUGUUAUGUCCAUGUUUCUCUUUUAAACUCACUAGUAAAUUGGCAGUUUAUGUAACAUUCCGUAGCGAAAGGUAGAUGAUUGUUUUAUUCUUCUGAUAUAGCACAAUGUUUAAAAUGUGUGGACUCUUACUGCCUUGCAUCAUGAAGAAGUGGUAAUGAUUAGAUUUGGGGGGCUAUGGUUUCAGAGCACUUAUAUUGCAUGGAUUUGAUAUAAUAUAUGAUAGCUAGAGUUAAGAUAAAAUGAGAAUUAAGUAUUGGUGUUGAUAUCAGCUUAAGGUUGGUUUAUGCAGCAUGUUGAUUUUGACUACUUCAUUUGUAUUUUGCUAAUGUGUUGAAAACUAUGCCUAGAUGUGAACAAACUUUAUAUUCAUAUAUACUUAUAUUCACACAUAUUUUCCAUGUUAUCCUAUUUUAUGAUAAUAGUGUUGAUCUCUAUCUAUUUGUAAAAAAAUGACCUAUUUUCUACCCCACAGAAAAAGCCCAGUGAUUUCAUUAUAUCAACCAUUAGAGGGCUGGUUUUCAAAAAACAUAAUUUUGUGUUUGUGAAACUGCAGAUCGUGUGCAGUUGGAGAGUUUAUGACUCAUGCUAUCAAGGGAUCAAUUUUCUAUGUCUUUCUUCAUGUCGGAUGUAUAUCCAAAUCUCAGUAUGCAGCAUGCAAAUAUUGAUUUUUUUGUGCUGUACCUUGCAUAGGCUGUUGAGAGGUGGUCACUUUCUUUUAGGGAAGGAAGGAAAAAGGGAAUGGCAUGACACCAUUUGCACAGUUUAGAAUGUUUUGUGUGCGCAGUCUAUUUUGCAAACAUGCAUAAAAGUACUGUCUUACUUUAUCUGGUACAGGUUAACAAAAACUUUUUAAAUGUUACUUAAAAUUUUCCCUCCCUAGUCCCCUCUGGGAAAGUGAGCAGCCUUUGGCCUAGUAAAUUGAUGGCAGACGUUUUAUUGUUUACCGCAUCACACCAGGCAUAUGCUGAAUAAGCUGCCAUGGAUUGCCUAGGCCAAAAACAGCUUGUUUGUCUAUUUAUGCAUCACUAAGGCUAUUUAUGGUUAAAGAAUAACAUAGGAAGGUUAAGUGAUAUGUGUUUGAUAUUUGACACUGUUCUAUUCCAUAUCAAGUCAUAAUAAUUCCAUAUCCAAACUUGUUACAUUGCUACGUUUUGUUUUAGAGUGCCUUGGAACUGUCUAAACUCAGCAGCCAAUCAAAUGCUUCCUUACAUUCGCUGUUCAUGCAUGAUGCACCCAGUUAGAACUCUGCUCAUAGCAAUACCUAAGAAAAUAAACUGCUGUGCCUCAUUUCAAGUCCCAGUCAUUUUGACUGCCUGUUUUAGGAGAUCUACACAGAGAUGUUUGGGGCAUCACCAGUAUCAGACUAGUUGAUAUUGUUGGUCUUGGUACAUGGUUUGAUAUUGUGUCACAAAUUGUCUUAUGCAAUGCUGUAAAAAAAAAUACUUGCUGUAAAUACAGUUGUUUUAGUGAUCCUAAAACACCAACACUGUUGGAUCCAAAGUAUUACCAGUGAAGAUAUUUGAUUGGUUGUUUGUAUAUUAUAAUAAUCAUGUUAAUCACUUUUUGUAACCUCACUACCAUGCAAGUAAUGCCAUAUGUUAUACGCAGUCUUCAUUUAUUUUGCAAGUUUCACAAAAGUAUUAAAAAAAAGAAAAAACAAUUUUAUGCUCCUUUGACUUUUGCUGGUUCUUAAAAUGAUCUUGAUGUUGAGUUUUAUUACUUGUAUCCAGUUUGAAAUUUUGAAUUUUCAUAUUUUGUUAAUUUAGGAUUUAGUGUGUUUUGUUAUUGUAUUUUAUACUUAUAUAUUAUAAGCAUGGUAAAAAAGCUUAAAAAGAGUGUUGUAUUUUUGUCACCAUAUGCAUGUGUUAAACUUAGGCUAGGCCAAAUAUUGAUUGUUGUAAAAGUAUAACUGUGACUUAAUUAAAUUUUGACAUAAUGGUACUGGUUUAUGAACAUAUCAAACUAUCACAGAUAUUUUGAUUUUGGAAAAUUAGACAAGAAACAAAUUCUGGUUUUAAGCUCUCUCUCUCUUUCUCUCUUACUCUAUUUAUGUAUAAUAUAUUUCUCACUUAAUUGAAGCAUAAUUAUUAGGAAAACAUGGGAGACAAUCAAGAUAACAGAACAUCUUCAGAAUUGCCUUAUGAUUACUAACAAUCCAUCCUGGGUUCAAGUAGUAUGCUUUUGUAUGGUAACUGUGAUAGUUUGUGUUCAUAAGCUUUUGUUUAUAAUAAUAUUUAUAAAUUGUUCUAUUUGUAUCUUGGAAUUUUAAUCUCAUGUUGAUCUGACCACCCAGGCAUAUAGAAUGCAAUGCUGUAGUUCUACUCUCACAAUAUAGGGGGCAGCACUGACUGGAUGAUGUAGUUCUCUCCUUACACAAUAGGGGCAGCACUGCUUGAUGAAGUGUUUGCUUCAGCCUGCUUGUUGGGUGUAAGUAUGUGAGUGUGUGAUAUUAUUGAAGGUGUCUUUCACAUCAGUUCACUGCAUGGGUGUAAAUCUAUUUUCAGGGACUUUUUAUGGUUUGAGAAAGGAACACACCAGUUGAUUUGUUAAACCAAAAGUGAAAUUAUGCUAGACAUUAAAAAACUCCAAAUAUUGCAAUAAUUCUUUGAUAAACUAUCCCCCCACCCACCACUGAGACGAGGUGUACUCUCAAGAUCAGUGGGUGUGUAAACAAAGAUUAUGAUUGUCAGGGUGUCAAACAUUUUGAGUUGUUGUUAUUGAAAUCUGCUCAUUGUGGAUCAGUAUUGUUAUUUGGGCUCUAAGCUAUGGCGUGUUUUCAUGUGUAAGUCUGUAUUUAAAGUUUUAGAUAUGAUGUUUAAUACAAUUGGGCAAACUUAUCCAUGAUUUUGAUGAGGAAAAUUGUCCCCUGUUGUCCAGAUGUCCACCUGGACAAGGGCAUGUCCUAGUUGUCCAGCUGGACUUCAGUUUGUGCAGGUAUUACUUUGUGUAUUGGGAGUUGUGAAUUCUCAUUUGUGGCCAAAAACCUUAUUGGAAACAUUCCCUUUGUUAUUCUUAAAGCAUUCUUUAAAAAAAAUAGGCAGAUGUGUGGUUCGAAACAAAAGGAAAAGGAAUUUAAAAGAUUGCCUGUCUGUCCACUUAUUCAUGGAAUAUUUUCUAUUGCCUGGGAAAUCAUAUUUUCUUCUCCAUAUUAGCAUGUAUUCUCGUAUUCUUUAGAGAUGUUUAUUGUUAUAUUUGUAUAAUCACAUAAGUUGCAAGUUGAAACAUUGUGUUGAAAAAAAAGUAGUUGAUGCUGCUACAAAUAAAAAUCAUUGCUUAUUUAAUACUAAGACUUAUCUAUGAUACUGAAAAAAUUCAGGAAACCAUAUCUCCAGAGUGCUGAUUAUUGAAAUACCUCACCCUCUUCAAACCACUCUCCUGGGUAAACCAGCAGUUGCCUCUUUUCUGGAACAGAAAUCAGUGAAUCACACUUUUUAGACUUCCAAAAUCUUCUUUAUGUCAUAGCUGUGCUGUGCUAUUUUUUACUGUUUUGUUGACAUUUAAACCAAGUGUUAUGUUGCCAUGAAUAUACAGAGUUGUUACUCGGUACAUUCAAAAUUGUUUGCUACAGACUUAUUUUGUUUAGAGUCUUUUAGGGAAGUGGCCUUAUAUUUAGGUUAAGAAGCUUGGCAUUUUGCAUUAAAGCUUGUAACUGUCAGGUCUUUCCAGAAAUAUUUUACAGGUACAUUGAUUUACAAAACAUGCAUUGUUUGAGAGGAAUCCAGUCUGCUCCAAUAUUUGAGGAAACCAAAAAAACUAGAGUGCUAGACUAUUUGAAGAGACAUAUUUUUAGUAUCUUGUCUCAGCAGACAAACUUACACAGUCUUCAUGCAGUUGCUAUUGUUGAAUUGUAUUCCUCACAAACUAAUCUGGACACUUGUUGGUAUCUAGUUUAUCCUAUUGACUGUUUAUCUUGAGCUAAUGAAAAAGGAAAAAACCAAGAAGACCCUGAUGACAACUAGAUUUUGUAUUUACCUGGGUUUUUGUUUUGUUUCUAUUUGGAUACUGCCUAUAAGAAGUUUGAUGUUUUAAGGAUAUGAACAGCUUUUGAACUAAAGCCUGUGUUACUGUUUCGAAUGACAAAACUUCAUCUUAUGUUGAAUUUUUUCUCAUGCAACUACUGUAGCACCACCUAUUAUUAACUGUGAUAAACCAUUUUUUUUCCAUAUCAUAUAUUCUUGGUUGAUUUUCAAGAACAGCUGCACUCUUUUUCCAUUCUUUUAGUCCAUAUGCUUUCCUUACUGAUAUGCCAUUGGAAAAUUUAGACCUCAGCUUCUAGCUUGAUUAAGGUUUUGGGUCUUGUUUCUCAUAAGUGCAAUUAGGUGCGGUGAUUUUUUUCAAAGUUUGAAUCUUCCAUAUUGAAAUGAAUCCUUGAUGUUCUUGCCAUUUCUACUUCAAUAUAACUUGCGGUUUUUAAAGUAUUUUGUAAAGCUUUGGUUGCAAAUCUAGGUAAAAAAAAUCAUUCACGGGAAAACUAUUGGUCAGUCUUAGCCCAUUGUUGGAUUUCAUAUUUUGUUCUAGAAGUUGGGUCAGUGUAACUCUCUACUUCAGAUUCAUUUUUGUUGCCAUGGCGAUAAUGUACUUUAUUGUUUACUAUAUUUGUUUAUGAACUUGUUGAAUUGUGCACCAGUUGCCACUAAAUUUUUGGCGUGUCUGACCAGGCAGACUUGAUUAAUUUCUCUAAAGUUCAGCAAUAAUGAGGCAACUGUCAUAAACAGAUUUUUAAAAAUCUACAUUGAGUUCAGGUUUAAUUUUGUUAAGGAAAGUUUUCUCAUUCAUUUUGUAUACUGCUGCACAAAGCUGUGAAAGGAAAGGUUUUAAGUGAGAUGUCUGUACUAUUUUCCAGGGGUAAUUCUGAAGUAAUCUUGAAAUAGUCGUACCACCAGGGUUAUUAGUAGUAAGGAAUGGUUUUUAUGCUUGAGCAACCAUUAUUGUAGGGAGAUAAGAUUGACAACUUUGUAUUAAUUAAGCUAUUGGUAAUAUUGGAUAUGAAAGGACAGAGCAUUGUUUAAGAAAAGACUAAUUAAAAAUAAAUAUACUGUUACAACACAAUUUAUAUGUUAUAAUAAUUAUGGUUUUAAUUGUCCCUUUUUCAUGUAUUACAAUUUUUUGUUAUAAGAGUGUAUAUGGAUGGUUCAAUAAAGUAUUUUGUUUGCUUGGAA